GAUGGGUGCAAGGAUGGGGUCCAUGGAUUGUGAUCUGUGGCUUCUGAUGCACAUACUAUUAUUCCUCCACUUCCCCUGGGUUGUAUCAGAAGCAUACCCACACCCGCCCAUCACCCCAAUCCCCAUCCACCUCCAGUCAUUCCUCCACCGGCGAGUGUCAGCAGUGGUCCGUGGCAUUCUGAGAUAUGGCGCGACAACACUCAGAGGCGCUGUGCCGGCGGGUGACAUGCCGGUGUUGGGGGGAACUGGCAUCUGAUUUGCGUGCUUUUGGCGCCCAUGAUGCAGCGUCCAGCCUCCCAGUCAACCCGGGCGGCUAAAUUUAGAGCUGCAGGCGAUGGGCGACGGACGUGAUUGGCCAGUCCACAUCUGGUUGACCGGAGCCUGUCGCCCUCCCUCCCCACUGCUCCCGCCACGCUGAUUGGCCGGCCGUCAGAAACGCGGGCGGACGGGUCCAAUCACGGCCGCCAACCAUUCCCUUCCCGCCCUCUCAAACGAACUACCUACUGCUGCUGUGGUGGUUAUUCUUAGUGAUCGUACUGCUUCUUCUAUCGCUGUUCCCUUCGCACCCUCAUUCCCUCUCGCUCUCUCUUCUCUCCCCGUCCCUCCAGCGCUCCCC